AUGGAUAUACAAGGACCGGAAAAAAGGAUCGUGCCGUUGUUCCAAGUGGAAUACGACCGCAGCCUUUGUAGACCGUUGGGGACAGUAACCAACUUUAAUAAGAUGCUCGCUAUGGCCAGGUCAUCCAGAGUUAUUGAUAUACCUUCGACAGCUUCACAUAAUUUCCUCCCUUCUAGAAGUCCUUCGCCUGUAUCAAUGGGCAACAGGACUCCGUCGCCCGAUUUCACAGGUCACAAUAUAUACGAUAAUAUAGAAAUUCCACCGCCGAGACAAAUUUCGCAAAAACAAGCCGAUAAUCGGCAAAACGCACUGACCAUCUUCGAGUACUCCACCGUGUAUCCUUUCAUCUACGGCAACAAUAAGUUUAAAUGCUUCAUAUGUUCUCAACCAUUCCUAGAAACGCCACUGCUCAGGCGACACAUGCAGGAAACACACACGUUUGCGCCCUUAAAAAGAUUGGUAAACAAUCGUAGGGAAAAUGUCAUCAAAGUGGACGUUAGCGAAAUGAACUGCAAGCUCUGUUCAGUUAAACCUAAAGACUUGUACCAACUCAAAGUACAUUUAAAGGAAGAUCAUCAAAAACUUAUAGACCCAGAGCUAAAAGACAACAUUAUCCCAUUUAUAUUAGACGGCGAAGACGGAGGGUAUAAAUGCGUCAUGUGCGACGGAAGCUUCAUUAAAGUCCGUACUCUUGUCAUCCACAUGAGUGUUCACUUUAACAACUACAGCUGUGAAAUUUGCGGAUCAGGUUUCAUGACCUUGCGGCUACUUAAGAAGCAUUUAGAGGUGCAUGAAAGCGGCAACUUCCCUUGCGAUCGCUGCAACAAAGUCUUCAGUACUACGUACAAGCUAUCACUGCACAUCAGAGGUGUUCAUCUGAAACAAUACCCACGUCGUUGUCCAAUGUGUCCAGAAAGGUUCAAUUCGAACUAUAGACGGACCAAACACCUUCAGGACGUCCACAAUCAAUCGACUCGAGUGCACAAAUGCGAGACAUGCGGACGUGGUUUCAACCUCAAGUAUCAUCUGGUUUGUCAUACACGUUCGGUUCAUCUGCAAGAGAGGAACCAUCAGUGUAAGGUUUGCUUGCAAAGGUUCUGCAAUAAGGAAACACUGAAAAGGCAUAUGGUUAUACAUACAGGGGAGAAAAAUUACAAAUGGCUCAUCCAAAUAACAAAUUCGUCUUUAAUCCUGAAAGACGAUGACGGCUCUGAGAUUAAGUUAGCAGUUUUGAAGAAACCCAUUCGAAUUGAUAAUUUAAUUUGCCAAUACGAAGAAUCUGCGGAUGUGGCAUCGACAGAAAUAACGUUAAAUAAAGUACCUCGUGUGGAAAGAGAUGCAGAAAUAGAUGAAGUUCCUGAUCAUGCAGUGGACAACAAGUCGUCGCUUAUAUUUUUGAAAGAGCCAAUCUCUUUAGAUGAAAUUGGAAUUGGAGAAAAAGUCUCAGUACAAAAUUUGACGACUCGUAAAAUAUUUACAGGAUACACUAGACCUCCUCGAAAAAAAAUUGGACAGGAACGCCAAACUUGGAAGCAAAAUGCGUUGACAAUCUUCGAAUUUUCGUACGUUUAUCCAUUUGUGCACGCAAGCAAUAAAUUCAAAUGUUACGUUUGUUCGAAGCCUUUUUUAGACGCUAACAUUCUUAGGGAACAUUUUACAAAUGACCACAGCUUUGAAGAUUUGAGACAGGAAAUUAGCAACAAGGUUCGAGACAAAACCUUAAAGGUAGACGUUGUGAGACUACAAUGUAAACUAUGUCAUAAUACUUUUCCCAGCUUGAAGGAUCUGAAAGUGCAUCUCAAAGAUCACGGGAAGAAAAUAGAUCCCGAAUUUCAAGAUAACAUUAUACCCUUUAAGUUAGGUGGUGAUAUAUUUGUUUGUCAAAUUUGUGGAGAGAACUUCCGGAAACUAAGAUUGCUUAUAAUUCACAUGAGCAAACACUUCAACAAUUACAGCUGGAUAACGGCAAGGCAGCACCGAGGGCCAAGGACUAGUAUUUGGCAAAUGACAAUAUCGGAAAGGCAAAACGCGGCAACGUUUCUAGAGUUCACUACAGUGAAACCGUUCUUUUAUCAGCAAGCAAAUUUCAAGUGUUUCUAUUGCAAUGAAGUUUUCCCAGAGGUACACUCUGUACUGCAGCACACUUCGUUCCACGUUGCACCUGAUAGGUGUAGUUUACUGAAGCAACAUUUAAGAAAAGGCAAACGGGUUAUUAAAGUAGAUAUAUCGGAACUAAAAUGUAAGCUUUGCGAUCAAAAAUAUUCAGAUUUGGACGACGUCAGAAAGCACCUUUCUGUCGCGCAUAAGAAAGAAUUUAACUCUGCCGGCAAUGGGCUCAUGGCUUACAAUUUGAGCACGGAAAAUGGCCUCUUAUCUUGUCAUAAAUGCAACAAGACUUUCAAUUCAUUCUUCCUCUUAAACCGGCAUAUGAAUGUCCAUUUCAAUGUAGUCUGUGAGACAUGUGGACUUGGCUUCAUGUCACAUCAGCGCCUCAUUAACCACAGGAUCGUUCACCAGAACGGCGUCCACAAAUGCGAUAGAUGUCAGGACGUGUUUCCCACUAAACUGAAACUACGUUAUCACGUUUUUAAGAAACACGAGGUAAUGAACGCGAAGAAGACGAAGCCGCUGAAGUGUCCGCAUUGCUUGGAACGGUUCGCCGAACACUACCGAAAAAUGACGCAUUUGAGGGAGGUGCACGGUAUAACGUUUACGUUCGAAUGUCAAGUGUGCAAAGCUGUAUUUCCUAUGCGUCGCGCGCUCACGGAACACACGACGAAACAACACACACAGAAGAUUCAGUGCAAAGUGUGCGGCAAAUGCUUCGGCACUAAAUCUCUUUUAAAAAUGCACUCGAGGGGACAUACAGGUGAAAGGAAUUUCUUUUGCGGAAUAUGCCAGAAGGCGUAUAUGCACGAGCGGACUUUGAGGCAGCAUAUGCGAGUGCAUGGACCCGUCUGGAAGUUCACGUGCUCGGAAUGCGGUAGCGGAUUCCAUAUCCGCAAUGAUUAUAACAAACAUAUGAAGCAAUGGCACCCACAUUGGCAAUUUAAGUCUAUCGUUAAAAACGCUGGAACUACUCCUAUAAACUGA